AUGGCUGAAGGCAUUGGAUCGGUAUUAAUGUCGUGGGUACAAUCGCAAUCAUCGACAACAUUGUUGUUUAUGGUGGUGAUUUGCGGUUUUAUAACACUACUUGUUAAAGAUUACGUUAUUCCUUACAGAACUAUUCUUGCAACCGGAUUGAAGGGUCCUAUACCCAAACCUUUUAUUGGUAAUGUCUUUGAUUACGGUGGUGUUUGUCAACAUAGAGGUCAACUUAAACGUCAAGAAAAAUAUGGGAAAAUUUAUACUUUACUACAUUAUCACAUACCAACUGUGUAUAUAGGUGACCCGGAGAUAAUAAAAACGAUUAUGGUCAAAGAGUUUUCUAAUUUUACUAAUCGAUUCCCUGUUAAUAAAGCACAUCAUCCAUUCGAUAAAACGGUAGUAAGAGCUGAUGAUGACGACUGGAAACGUCUACGAACUUUAUUGAUACCGUCAUUUAGCGCGUCAAAGCUUAAAACUAACGUUCCAUUUAUUAAUAAUUUUACCAAUGAUGUAAUUGAUAAAUUCCUACAGGCUGAGCACCAAGUUAAAUCUGUCGAUGUCUGGAAAACAUUUGGAAAUCUUAGUAUGAGCACCAUCAUUGCUACAGUAUUUGGGAUUGAGUUUAAGUCCAAAAAACAUAAGGAAAAAGUAAUUACAGCCGCAAGUGCCUUACUGAGAAAUCAAACUAAUUUGUUGCAACUUGUACUUAUUUACGCGUAUCUAGCCUUAGCAUUGUGGGAACCAAUAACUGGAGGGAAAAUUAUUAGAUCUGUAUAUUACUUGCGUGAUACGAUUGUAGGUGUUAUUCAGGAACGGCGUAAAAAUCUGAAACAAGUUCAUCACAACCCUGAAUUAUGGCCCGACGCUGAUAAAUUUAUUCCUGAACGCUUUAGUUCAGAAAAGAAAGCAAGGCGUCACCCAUACAGCUAUAUCCCAUUUGGUGGAGGUCCACGAAUUUGCAUUGGCAUGAAAUUGGCUCUGUUGGAAGUAAAGCUAGCGUUAGUGAAAAUUUUGCAUCGUGUUGAAUUUGUGACCUGUAAGGAGACUAAAAUACCUUUAAAGUUAAGAACUGGUUCAACAGCGUCGCCGGAGAGCGGUGUGUAUUUAAAAACUAGGAGAAGGCAUUAA